GCUGCAGGGGUGCUUGGAGUCAUCAUGGUUCUGGUGCUGGUGAUUCUGAUCCCGGUCUUGGUCAACUCUGCGGGGACUUCGGCGCACUAUGAGAUGCUUGGAACCUGCCGGAUGGUGUGCGAUCCGUACGGGACUAAAUCGCCGACCAGCACCGCCACGGCAGACACCGUACGAGACAACAGCCUCAUCCAGUCUUUACCGACAUUCAUCCAGGGUCCCAAAGGGGAACCCGGCCGUCCAGGAAAGGCGGGCCCUAGAGGCCCUCCAGGUGAGCCGGGACCACCCGGUCCUGCGGGUCCGCCCGGGGAAAAAGGAGAGCCCGGACGUCCUGGACUACCCGGGCCACCGGGACCCAAUGCCGCUGCGGGCGCGAUCAGCGCGGCCACUUACAGCACGGUCCCUAAAAUAGCGUUCUACGCGGGCCUUAAAAAGCAACACGAGGGCUACGAGCUUUUGAAAUUCGACGACGUGGUCACCAACCUGGGCAAUCACUACGACCCGACGACGGGCAAAUUCACCUGCUCCAUCCCAGGGAUAUACUUCUUCACUUACCACGUCCUGAUGCGCGGAGGAGACGGGACAAGCAUGUGGGCUGAUCUUUGUAAAAACAACCAGGUUCGGGCCAGCGCCAUCGCCCAGGACGCGGACCAGAACUACGACUAUGCCAGCAACAGCGCUGUGCUGCACCUGGAACCCGGGGACGAGGUCUACAUCAAGCUGGACGGAGGCAAGGCCCACGGCGGGAACAACAACAAGUACAGCACGUUCUCCGGGUUCAUCAUCUAUGCCGAUUAG